UUCACUAGGGUGCACAUUUCCAGGCUGGACAUCUGUCGCUUUUUCUCUUUAUCGGGCGGGCAGCGCAGCUAUUGAAAAGAAGCAGUGACCUGUCAGUCUUGACUGAUGGGAGCGGGCCACUGGGAUCGACCCCAUGUGUGGGAAAAUACCUCAGCCAAAGAGCUCCCACAUUCACAUGCUAAUCCUGCCCUUAUAAAUAAGAGGAGAGCAGAGCGCGGAGGCCUUAAAGACGAGACAGAAUCCGCUCCAAGAGAGAACAGGGGAAAGUCGCGGUUCAUAUCCACCAAGCUAGGGAGAUGACGGCCACCGCCGUGACCCACAACGUGGAGAAAUUGUCGAGCGCUAAAGAAGAGAGAAAGCUGAGAAAGCCACUAAUUGAAAGAAAAAGACGAGAAAGAAUAAAUAAUUGUCUCGAUCAGCUGAAAGAAACCGUGGUCGGCGCUUUCCGACUAGAUCAAUCUAAACUGGAGAAGGCUGACAUUCUUGAAAUGACAGUGAAGCAUCUGCAGAAUAUUCAGAGCAACAAAUUCGCCGCUGACUCCACCAUAGGGUUAGAGGCCCAGCAGAAAUACAGCACGGGCUAUAUCCAGUGUAUGCACGAGGUUCACAAUCUACUGCUAACCUGUGAGUGGAUGGAUAAAACACUAGGCUCUCGUCUGCUCAACCACCUGCUCAAGUCGCUCCCGCGUGCUACCGAGGAUACCCAGCCCGCCCUGACGUCAGGGCCCCCGCCUGCUCAGCAAACGCAGGAAAGCUGCAGCGCUGGCCCUGCGGUGCCCUCGAGCCGUGUGUUCAGCGGGGCUGCAGCCAAGGUCCAGGCAGAGCGUGCCCAGCAGAGCACGGGCACCCGCGAUAAGGCGCUCCUGUUACCGGGCAACCAGCUAUUUAACAAUCAGCACAUAGCCACACUUGACAUGUGGCGGCCGUGGUGACGGGGGCAAACGGAGGCAGCCCUCUGGUUUUGUUUUUGAUCUGCGUGUAGACUCUUUUCCUUAUGUAUCUUAUAGAUAUGCUUCUCAGAGCACUUGUGGGGCAGUCCUGUUCCAGAAUAGAUGUGCUGCAGACCUCAGUACUUCCACAGAAGUAAACUUCUUGUAGCCUGCAUUGUAGAAGGCUAUUAUUCAGCUAUUUAUUGUAUUAACUCUUAAUUUAUUUAAUAAUGAAUACUCGCUUUAGAUUAUUUCCUCUCUUUUGUAUGUAAACGUAUUAACCCAAUAAUAAUAAAAUGAAUAUUUAAUCCA